CACCUGACCAGCUUCAAGUUCAAAGCAGGGCACUAGUGCUGGUGCUUAGCCUAGCGUGGCGCUAUCUUAGUACGUAGAACGCUGACCUGAACCUUUCUGGAUCUAACUUCUAAGGAGCCUGCUGAAGGGGUGCCCUAGUGGUGGGCCAUCUUUCAAAGGGAUUGAGGAUGGUUCGAGUGUUUCUGGACAUCGAUGUUGGUGACCCUGCCAAGAGUAAGGAGGAAACGGAGGCGUACAAUCAAACAUGCCAGUACCUAAAAGACGUGGGGCACAAGCAGCUUGGCUUGGAUGCUGCAACUCCUGACGAGCUGGACAAGGAAGGUCGCACUUUACUUGAGGAGGCUUACGAAGGUGCCCAGGGCAAGGGUGGGAAAUUGAGGUUUGCAAAACCUAGGCCACUGAGAGCAGGGCGUCUGGUCAUUGAAACGUACCCAGAUCAGGUUCCAAAAACGGUCGCAAACUUCCGGUGUCUAGUGACUGGAGAGAAAGGCAAGAGCAAAGCGAGCGGGAAGCAGUUGGCGUAUCGGGGGGUGCCCUUUCACAGGAUCGUCAGCGGAUUUGUCUGCCAAGGGGGCGACUUCGUGAGGGGCGACGGGAGCGGGGGCGAGAGUAUAUACGGGGGCAAGUUCAACGACGAGAAGCCCGGCCUGAAGCUGAAGCACGACGGGCCGGGCGUGGUUGGGAUGGCCAACUCAGGAAAGAACAGCAACAGCUGCCAGUUUUACAUUACCCUGAAAGCAGCCCCGCAACUAGAUGGUAAACACGUGGUCUUCGGAAGGGUGGUCGAAGGCUUAGACGUCUUGAGUCGAAUAGAGCUUGAGGCUGCGUCGCCGGAUGGGAAGCCACGAAUUUCAGUCACAAUGGCUGACUGUGGACUCCUAUGAUAGUUGAGGUUACAGAAUUCAAUGGCAAAUGGGUGUUGAUUGUUGAUUAUUGACUUAAUCACGCUGUGGCUCGCAAAAGUGUUCCUUUACCACCCGUAAACUGGAUGGAAAGCACCGCUCUGAUUUUCCGUAUGUUGUACUGAACUCAAAGCGUCCGGAAUGAAGACCGUGGCCGCGAUUUUGAAGCUCGACACAUUUUCCAGCCU